AUGUUUAACCCACAGGUUCUAGAUUCUCCUGCUGUGAUUUUUGACAACGGAUCUGGGCUCUGUAAAGCAGGGCUGUCUGGGGAGAUCGGGCCCCGACAUGUCACCAGCUCUAUCGUGGGGUACCCGAAGUUUAAGAUGCCCUCAACCGGAGCCAAUCAGAAGAAGUACUUUGUUGGGGAGGAAGCCCUGUACAAACAGGAGGCCCUGCGCCUGCACUCCCCCAUCGAGCGGGGCCUGGUCACCAGCUGGGAUGAUGUGGAGAAGCUCUGGAGACAUCUCUUUGAAUGGGAACUGGGUGUGAAGCCCAGUGAACGACCUGUGCUCAUGACAGAGCCCUCUCUGAACCCACGGGAGAAUCGGGAGAAGACGGCAGAGAUGAUGUUCGAGACCUUCGAUGUGCCUGCCUUCUAUCUGUCAGACCAGGCUGUGCUGGCGCUUUAUGCCUCUGCCUGUGUCACGGGCCUGGUAGUGGACAGCGGGGAUGGGGUCACCUGCACUGUCCCUAUCUUUGAGGGUUACUCCUUGCCCCAUGCGGUCAGCAAACUUUACGUAGCCGGCAGGGACAUCACGGAGCUCCUCACCCGGCUCCUCCUGGCCAGCGGGAGAGCCUUUCCAUGCCCGCUGGACAAGGCCCUCGUGGAUGACAUCAAGGAAAAACUAUGCUACGUGGCCCUGGAGCCUGAGGAGGAACUUUCUCGGCGGGCAGAAGACGUCUUGAGGGAGUACAAACUGCCCGACGGGAAUGUCAUCUACAUCGGAGACCAGCUGUACCAGGCUCCCGAGGUUCUGUUUUCUCCAGACCAGCUAGGCACCCAUGGCCCAGGGCUGGCGCAGAUGGCGUCCAACAGCAUAGCCAAGUGCGAUGCGGACAUACAGAAGACUCUCUUCGGGGAGAUUGUCCUGUCCGGGGGCACGACGCUGUUUCAGGGGCUGGAUGACAGGCUCCUGCGGGAACUGGAGCAGCUGGCUUCCAAGGGAGUCCCCAUUAAGAUCACAGCACCUCCCGACCGCUGGUUCUCGACGUGGAUCGGAGCCUCCAUUGUCACGUCUCUGAUCAGUUUCAAGCAAAUGUGGAUCACCGCUGCAGACUUCAAGGAGUUCGGGGCGUCUGUGGUCCAGAGACGGUGUUUCUGA